GGGACUUUUAUUGUGGUUUGUGGUGUGACGCGCGAGAGCGGAAGUGAGGUCGUGAGUUUCCGGCAGAUGAGGCAGAAUAAACGAUGCUGGAUUUGAUGUGUUUCGUUCAAGAACAAAGGAGGAAACUAUUCGUCUAGUUAAAGAAUAAAGAGUGAAAUAUUCAGUGGUUGAACAGAAACAACAUUAUCAAUGUUAGCGGACUCAGUGGGCAGCGGGCGGUGUCGGGGAAGGAAGCGGUCAGCAGCAGCAGUGGGUGGGCUGGACUCUGGUGGGCGGGGCCGCAGCAGCACACCUGCAGCACAGACGAGAAGGAAAGUGCCAGAGCCUGGAGAAGAUGACGAUCAGUCGGAGAAGAAGUUCAGGAAGUGUGAGAAAUCCGGAUGUCCUGCGAUGUACCCUAUGUGUUUCGCCAGCGCAUCUGAGAGGUGUGCUAGAAACGGCUACACGUCGCGCUGGUAUCACCUGUCGUGCGGCGAGCACUUCUGUAACGAGUGUUUUGACCAUUACUACAGGAGUCAUAAAGACGGCUACGAGACCUUCUCCUCGUGGAAGCGGGUUUGGACCAGCAAUGGGAAGAGCGAGCCCAGCCUCAAAGCCUUCAUGGCCGACCAGGAGCUGCCCUACUGGGUUCAGUGCACUAAAGCAGACUGUGGUAAAUGGCGUCAGCUGAGUAAAGACACGCAUCUGUCGGCCGCGCUGGCGUCCUCGUACUGCUGUGGGAUGAAGCUCAGCAGCAGCAAAGUGGAAGGAAGUGAUGCGUGUUCUCAGCCGGAGGACCUGCGAGUGGCCGGUGUGACAGACAGCUGGUGGCUCUCUAUGCUCAUCCUGCCGCCGCUGUUUAAGGACAGUCCCGCCACUCCGUUCCUCUCCUGCUAUUACCCCGACUGCGUGGGCAUGAGCCCGUCUGCCUCGCCUAGCAACCAUCCCCCCGGCAACCAGCGGCCCGAGCAACGGCGAGCUGCUCAGCCUCACAGUGAGUCCAGAAGCGUCGGUCGUUCACAACCAGGGCUUUCAUCAUCCACUCUCAUGAUCAGAUUAUUGACAGAGGUGGAUUUAAUACAGACACUGCAGGCCAACCAGGGUUUCUUCACGCAGUGGUCAGUUUUGAAAAGAAAACAUCCGAAAUACACAUUUAAGUCAAACGUGGUGGUUCUGGAGGCCAGGGAGCGAAUCGGAGGACGAGUUUGGGACGAUGCAUCGCUGGGCGUGACGGUGGGGUGCGGAGCUCAGAUCGUGAACGGCUGCGUGAACAACCCCAUCGCCCUGAUGUGUGAGCAGUUGGGACUGCGGAUGCACACUCUGGGUGUCCGCUGCGAGCUCAUUCAGGAAGGCGGACGCGUCACCGAUACAGCUCUGGACAAACGCAUGGACUUCCACUUUAACGCCGUGCUGGACGCCGUAUCCGAGUGGAGGAAAGACAAGUCACAGUCCCAGGAUGCACCACUGGGCGGUGAGAUGCACGUCAUGAGAAAUCAAGAGAGCAGGUCAACAAAUCUCUAUACAGUACAAGUGUCAGCUUGCUCGUGGGAUCAUAACGAGUGUUUCGCUCAGUUCUCUGGAGAUCACACGCUGCUCGCUGACGGAUACUCAUCUGUCCUGCACAAACUCGCUCAGGAACUCGACAUCCGGCUCAAUACCGCGGUGCAGCAUGUGGACUAUUCUGGAGAGGGAGUGACGGUGACGUCCCGCUGCGGCUCUCGCUGGAGUGCACAGAAGGUUCUGGUGACGGUGCCGCUGGCUCUGCUGCAGAAGAACAUCAUUGGUUUCAGUCCUCCUCUGCCUGACAGGAAGCUCAAAGCCAUCCACAGUCUGGGAGCCGGAGUCAUUGAGAAGGUGGCGCUCCAGUUCCCCACACGCUUCUGGGACAGUAAAAUCCAGGGAGCGGAUUAUUUCGGCCACAUCCCGCCCUGUCCGGAGAAGAGAGGCCUGUUCAGUGUGUUCUACGACAUGUGUCCGCAGGGUGACGAGUGUGUGCUGAUGACGGUGGUCACCGGUGAGGCUCUGUCUCUGCUCAGAGAUCUUCAGGACUCUCAGGUGGUGGAUCUGUGCAUGAGUGUCCUCCGAGAGCUCUUCCAGGAGCAGGAGGUUCCGGAUCCGCUGCGGUUCCUGGUGACCCGCUGGAGCAGAGACCCGUGGGCUCAGAUGUCCUACAGCUUCGUGAAGACGGGUGGCAGCGGCGAGGCCUAUGACAUCAUCGCCGAAGACGUGCAGGGCAAGCUGUUCUUCGCCGGCGAGGCCACAAACAGACACUUUCCUCAGACGGUGACGGGAGCGUAUCUGAGUGGAGUGCGUGAGGCCAGCAAGAUAGCAGCGCUUUAGUACUGAGUGAUCACCACACACACA